GUCUUUGCAUGAAGCGGUCGAAUCCACGUGCCUUCUCUCUUACCAUUUUCAGUCUUCCUCUUUUCCUUCUCCACCGCCGUUUCCUUCACAUUCCCGGGAAAAAUACAUAACUGCACGCGCUUCAUUAUUCCACUGCACUCUCUCUAACACGCACUCAGUCUACCGUUAGUUUCAACUCAAGUGGAUUAUUAUUUUAUCAUAAAUAAUAAAUAUUCCAUUGCAGCAGCAUUAAGUGUAGAGAAAGAGAAUACUUGAAUUACUCAGCGAAUUCAAAUUUCGAAAACCCAGUUUCUUUGGAGAUAAAUUUGACGCGGAUUAGUUUUUGUCCUCUUUCGAAAUCGAUACUUCGCCGACUUCCACUAUAAAAAGUUAUCAUCACUCUCACACUGCACCGUUUACCUUCUGGUAUUAUGCUUUUACCUCAAUGCGCGAAUCCAUUGCUUCAAUAAACUUAGGUUUUCGUCUUCGAUUUGCCUUCUCCUUCGUUUGAUUCACGGUUUAUCUUUGCGCGAUUUCGAUUUUUUUUUGAAAUUUUCAUUUUCGGUGUUCAUGGCGUUUGAUCAAAACUCUAGCCCCAAAGAUAUGCGGCCACCACCGCUAAAUGUAGCCCGAUCGGAGGAGACACUCGUUUUGCCUGUAAGUACUGCGGCAGGUAGGGACAAUGGUGCCGCCGGUGCGGUUCCUCUUUUCUAUCCUGAUGGUGGAUUGGUUGGAGUGGGAUAUGGAAAUGUGGCUUCUGGUACUGCUGCUUCUACCACAUGGUGCGUUCGCCCUAAUGUUGGGUUUAAUUUUCCCAAUCGGGUUGCUGGUGCUAAUGCUGUUGAUCCUUCGCGUAGUUUUGUUGCAACUGCUAAUGGAUAUCCUUUGAAUUUGGGCAACUGGGUUGCCGGUAAUGCUUUUGAUAAUAAUGCCUUUCAGUGUAGUAGCAGAGUAAUUGGCAAUGGUGGUGAUCGUGCUGGUGGUGUUGGUUUGAUUGGGACUGGUUGCAAUCCCCCUGCUAGUCAGCGGGUUGAUAAAUCGAGUGAAAACGGCGGGGAUGAUUCGGUUUCAGGGCGGAAAUUGAAGUUCAUGUGUAGUUAUGGUGGGAAGAUUUUGCCUAGACCUAGUGAUGGAAUGUUGAGGUAUGUUGGUGGGCAGACUAGGAUAAUAAGUGUUAAGAGAGAUGUGAGUUUUAGUGAUUUGGUGCAAAAGAUGGUUGAUACUUUUGGGCAACCUGUAGUUAUCAAAUAUCAGCUACCUGGUGAGGAUCUUGAUGCAUUGGUCUCGGUUUCCUGCCCCGAUGAUCUGGAUAAUAUGAUGGAGGAAUAUGAAAGGUUGAUUGAGAGGUCUUCAGAUGGUUCUCCUAAACUAAGAGUCUUUUUGUUUUCUGCUUCGGAAUUUGAUCCUUCUAGUGUGCUACAGUUUGUAAAUUUACAUGAUGGUGGGCAGAAAUAUGUUGAAGCUGUGAAUGGAAUUUCUGAUAGGGUUAUUGGCAAACUCAACAGGAAAGAGAGUAUUACAAGUGCAGCUUCUACUCAAAAUUCUGAUUUGAGUGGGUUAGAGGUUCCUGAUAGCACAAAUGCUGCUCAAGUAGAAGUUAAUGGGCCACCUAUAUCCAUCACUUUACCACCCGAGGCAAAUGUUGCCGCAUCUCAUGUUGCUACUACUGCAAAUGUUAUGGUUUCUGAGCCUGUUACAUCGGUAUGCUCAGAUGUUUCUGCAGUUUCAUUAGGCAUACCUGUGGCUAAUUCAGGUCCAAUUCGUACUCCACCUUUCCAGAAAGAGGUUGAGGUAGAGAAGUCUGUGCCAACUACAUUAUCCCAACAACAAUUUGGGUUUCAGCAGUCUGGAAUGGAAAUUCCACCAUCUGUGCCUCUGCAGGCUUUUCUUGAUACUCGACAAGAAGUUCUGAACCAUGCAGAUUAUGUCCAGCUGCCACCCCAUAUGAGAUUCCAAAGUCCUCAGUUUAUAGGUAGGCCAGGGACUGUCUACUCCCAGAAUCAUUUUCAUGAUGAUACUACUCGUUUUGCAUCCCAACAGGUAAUCCCUGCAGUGCAGAUGACAAUGAAUCAGCCAUCUUCUCAUACCGGUAUAAGACCAAGUGUUAUUCAACCACCACCAGUCAUGCAAGCACAACAAAACUGUUUGGAGCAAUAUUAUGGUGAAAAUACUUCAGGGCUAAGGAUGCACCAGCUUCUAUCUGAUCAAAGUUACAAGGCAUAUCCACUUCAAGUUCCUUUCCGAGGUAAUUAUGGCUGGGUUCAGGUUUCUCCAUCAGAGCAUGUUAUUUUUCAUGAUGCAUUAUUACCUCAACAACCAGUAAUGGUCCCUCAUAGAGUGGAGGACUGUUAUAUGUGUCAGAAAAAACUGCCUCAUGCACAUUCAGAUCCAGUGGUUCCGGAUCAGCAUAAUAGCUUUGCACAUUCAAUUCCCGAUUCAAUGCCAAGUUACAAUAGUCUCCCGGUGGAGGACAGUUUAAGAGCUCAAGCAACAACCAGGGUUUUGGUGACUGCACCGUUGAAUGAAGGCAAUGUCAAUGUUGAACAAACAGUUGGGACCAGACCCAGGGUCAUUAUACCGUGCAGUGACACAAGCGGACUUUCUCUGGAGGCUGAAGGUGGGAGAAACUGUAGAAUGGACAGGUCUGAUCAUCCCAGAAAUGUAGCAGUUAUCCCAGAAACAGUUGGAAGAACAGGUGAAAAACAGUCGCCAAGAGAUGGGCUGACAGGAACAGCACCACUGUCUUAUCUAGAGGAUUUCGCUCGCCAGCAUGUGGUACCAGUUGAUAACAGGAUCAAAGAGGAGGUGGUUGUGAAUAAGCCUGUUAAUGAAAAACCUUUAGUUGGUGGCACAUCUGUUGAAACCUCUGAGUGUAUGGUUCAAGAAUCAUCAACAGAGUAUACUAAUAUACAUUCUAGUACAAUUUCAAAAGCAGAUGCUGUGGAGAAUUGGAUUGCACAGGACCUGCUCAAACCUAUUGAUGGAAGGAUGGACAACCUCAAGAUAAGCAAUCCUGAAAUUUUUGUAAAUAAUGAUAAUUUUGAUUACAAUAUUCAGCAUGCUAUAGAGAAGAAAGCGGUGGUUUCGGAUAACAAUCUUGGCAGGUCAAAAUUGAUUGCUGAUGGAAAUCAAAUUAAGAUGAUGGAUAUUCUUCCUAAUUCCACUGUAGAAAUUUCAUAUGGUAAUAAUUCUAGGCAAAUGGAGUACAAUGAGGUUGCACACCCGCCUGUUUGGGGUCCUCCUGGAACAAAUCUUCAAUCAAACAAUGGAAUCCAUCAGAAGGAUGAUGUUUUAUCUUCAAUUUCACAAUCUGUUGGGUUUGGACAUGUGCAGGAUUCUUCAAACUCGCUUUUUAGCAAUCAGGAUCCCUGGAAUAUACACAGCACCUACUUUCCUCCACCUAGACCUAACAAUGUCACAUCAAAGAAAGAAACCUAUUCUUAUAAGGAUCUGUUUGGUGACAAUUCAGGCAACAAUGGGGAACAAAAUCUAGACGCUCAAUUAAAUGAUGGUCUCUGUCAGACAUUCAAACAGAAUUUAACAUUAGAAGAAGCUCGAUCUGCCAAGGUAUCACCAGAAGAUCAACAACUUCAAGCUGUUGCUGAAAGUUUAGCCGCAUCAGUUCUGCAUUCAAGCACUUCAAAUCCUGACUUACAUGCUAGGGAUGUGUCCUAUCACGAAGACAUUGAAGACGUAGAUGUUCAAAACAAUCUACUAGAUAUACACUAUAAAGAAAAAACUCAGGAUGUCAAGAGCAUGAUCUCGGAGAAGGGACAUUUUGGCUUUCCAGCAUCAGAUGUUGGAGCAUUACAGAUUAUAAAGAAUUGUGACCUUGAAGAGCUAGUAGAAUUGGGUUCUGGCACCUUUGGGACUGUGUAUCAUGGAAAGUGGAGAGGUACUGAUGUUGCAAUAAAGCGGAUUAACGAUAGAUGUUUUGCUGGAAAGCCUUCAGAGGAAGAGCGCUUGAGAGCUGAUUUUUGGAAUGAGGCAAUCAAGCUUGCUGACUUGCACCACCCAAAUGUGGUAGCUUUCUAUGGCGUUGUUCUUGAUGGCCCAGGAGGUUCUGUGGCAACAGUGACAGAAUAUAUGGUUAACGGUUCUCUAAGAAAUGCCUUCCAGAAGAAUGGAAGGAAUCUUGACAAGCGCAAGCGUCUUAUGAUUGCAAUGGAUGUUGCCUUCGGUAUGGAGUACCUCCAUGGAAAAAACAUAGUACACUUUGACUUGAAAAGUGACAACUUGCUUGUGAAUCUCCGUGAUUCACACCGCCCAAUAUGCAAGGUUGGUGACUUGGGUCUGUCGAAAGUAAAAUGCCAGACUCUAAUAUCUGGUGGUGUGAGAGGAACCCUACCUUGGAUGGCACCUGAACUGCUGAAUGGGAGUAGUAGCCUUGUUUCAGAGAAGGUUGACGUGUUCUCAUUUGGUAUUGUCAUGUGGGAACUCCUCACUGGAGAAGAGCCGUAUGCUGAUUUGCACUAUGGGGCAAUCAUAGGUGGCAUUGUGAACAACACUUUGCGGCCUCUAGUUCCAGAAUCUUGUGAUCCAGAAUGGAGAGUGGUGAUGGAGAGGUGCUGGUCAUCAGAGCCAUCAGAAAGACCUUCAUUUACCGAGGUUGCCAAUGAUUUACGAUCCAUGGCAGCCAAGAUCUCUCCCAAAGGACAAAAUCAACAGCAGCAACCCACUUCAUCUCAGAAUCAAGUGCAGAAAUAAAUCCUUCUAGUGCUGGAGCAGGAUGCUCAGUUUCAUAUCUGUCUAUGGUUUGUGUUUUCCAUCCUUUAGGAGGAUCAAUGCAUUGUGCAAUAUAUGCCUUAGGAAGGUCUUGUAAGUGUCAGAAGGUAGCCUAUGGUUGUUAAUAAGUGUCAGGUCGUCUAUUCAUGUAAUACACCCAAACCUCACCGAACAUCAUGUGAUUUUUAGUGCUUUACUUAAAAAAGAAAAGGAAAAAGAAAAAGAAAAACGUUAGUCCGUAUUCUGAAGUUUUUACAGUACUUGUAAAAAUGGAUAUUGUAAAGAGUAGUAGCACUUUUAAGUUUUAACUGUGUUUGGUAUUGUUACCGGUAGUUCCAUGUUUUCAA